AGCAUUGGAACCGACACGAGGAGGGCCGGCUUCGGCUGGGCUGUUGGUCCUGGUAUGGGCCAUCAUGACCUCUCAUUGAGGUCUCCUAAACCAGGACCAGACCAAUACACCAUCAAGAGUAUCUUCGAACGCAAUAUAGAUGCGAAGAGAGGUGCCGGCAUUGGGUACGGCCCUAGGGGGCGAGGAAUGCUCGGAGGCCUCGACAACUCAGGUCCUGGUCCCGGCGGAUACGAGCAAGCUGAGAAGAUACCGGGCCCGAAGUGGAGUAUGGGUCGUAGGACGGAAUACGAGAAGGAUUUCUGGAAAGGCCUCGAGCCGAGCCCGUUGGCAUACUCUUUCACCCAGUUCGAGAGUAAACGGAAACACUGA